AUGAGCUUGCGGAUUCAUCUGCCCGAGGUGUCUUCGGCCACAAUGCGGGCUUGCGGGGUCUACGCUAGCGGUGCUCUGUAUGCUGCUGGUUUCUAUCUCAUGCUGGACACGGCGCUUUGGUCCGCCCACAAAAACCCCACCGAUAUGCACAUUGGGUUUGUGGACUGGAUUCCUCUAGUGCUAGUGACCCUUGGGAUGGCAAUCAUCAAUUUAGUGGAGAGAUCCAGACUCACUUCCGGCAUGGCAUUCGGUUAUGAGUACGGCGGGCACGGUACCUGGCAAGCUAGGGUUGUUUUGUUCGUGGGCACCGCCUUUCUUUCGGGAGGCGGUGCUGGGUCUGUACUUAUUCUGCUUCUCCGCUAUAUAAUUCCCGACCGUUCAAGACCCGAGAUUUUUAUGGGAUUCUUCAACAUCCUUUCGUCCAUUCUAAUAAUGAACAGCUCCACAUGUCUCUGGCUAGCCCAAAAUGUGAAGGACGAUUACAGCUACUCGCUCCAGCACUAG